UCAACUCAAUCUUCUCUGUUCCAAAUGUUCCAAUUGUUCCGAUUUCUCCACCAAUCAAAUGGUCGGAUUUGUUCCGAUUACAAGUAUCAAACCUUUGGCGUCCAAUCCGAGAGACGGAUUUUGUUCCGAUUUCUGGACGGCGCCCCUGUCCUUCACUGACAUGGCAGCCGUCUUCCCCGUCGCACAAAAUUAUUUGCAAAGCAUUAAAAGAAUGGCUAGUGAACACCCAGUUUUCAGGAGGGCCUCCAACAGGACGCUCCUCCUGAAAGCCUCAGAUGAGGCCCGAGCUUUGGGUCCCCCCAAGGAGCCCCACCGAGCCAAGUCCCCGGAGGAGGUGGAGAGGGAGGCACGGGCCCACGUCACAAGCCAGGGUGGGGAUGUCAACAACCCCACCCUGGUGCUGAGCCGGUGGAAGAUCCAGUUCGGGAAGUACCAGGACAGGACCUUCCACUGGCUGCUGGAAAACGACGUGGGCUACGCCAUCAACCUGGUGUCCUCCCACCAGAAGGAACGAGAGAGGACAGGGUCCCAGUCCCCCCUGAUGGCCAACAAGGACGGCCUCAUCCGGUACUCCUCCGCCUACCCUGACUUUGUGGAGGCGGUCAGGUUCCACCAGGCGUUUGAGGAGGCACGGGUGAGGUCACUUCAGCCUGGGCAGGAGGGACAGGCCCUUGUUGGCUUUGGGGAUUUUAAAACCGAGACCCUGCAGAGCCUGUACGAGUCCGAGGACCCCAAGAAGAUCCGUUUUGUCAAGUACUUACGGAGGAAGGUUCCUGCGCCAGGAACACAGAUGGAGAACGCCAUACGCUUCAUCAAGGCCAGAGACAAGCAAAAAGCUGCCGCUGUAUCAUCUGCGCCUGCUGCAUCUGCGUCUGCAUCUGCUGCUGCUGCCGCCGCCAUUCCAUCUACCAGCAGCAGCAGCUCUGCAUCAGCAUCAGCUCCACCAGGCGUGGUGGCUACAGCAGCUCAUAGAUUCACUGCUUUUGUCUCUGGCCGGCGUUCUCUGUCUGUGGUGGAAAUGCAGGCUAAAGUCAAGAAGCUUGUGGGCAAGCCUGCAUUUCCAGCCUCCUCCAGACCAGCUUCUUCCUCCGCAGCAUCCGAGGAGCCCACGGAGGAAGAGUUGGUCAGCGCUGUGGUUGACAUAGAGUCCUCACACGUACAGGCUCCUCCUGCUCCUGGCGCUCCACCUCCUCCCCUGGAUGUUGUGGCUGAGGAGCAGCCAGCUCCAGCCGGUGUCCCUCCUCCUCCGUCUGCUGGCAAUGCUGAGUUGCUGCCCGAGUCCUGGCGGGCAGCUCUCACCGCGGAGCAGCAGCAGUGGAUUGGGCGGGUGCUGUUCUCCAGGGACAGCUCAGGGAAGUCUAGGCUCACCACUGAGCUGAAUCUGUGGUGGAACCCUCCCCAACCCCGCCCAAUCUACAACCAACCUCCCGCAUCCCCUAACUUCUUCUUCGCAUGUCGGCUGUUCCUGUGGAUGCCUCACAGGAUCUGGUGUCUGCAGCUGACAUGCCCCCAGCCUUUGUGUGACGGGUCUCUGACAAAGGCUGGAUUGUACAGGACCAUCCGGAGGGUCCUGGACAUCGACGGCUGGUACCUCAUGGCCACUGAGUACCUGGAGUGCCGUCGGUGUAAGAAGAAGGUCGGGGGGUGGUCACAGGGCAUCAUAAGGCAGCUGGCCCCCACCUACAGCUGCCAGUUUCCAGCUGUACUCACGUACAAGCUGUCCUGUGACCAGAGGGUGAUUGCACAGCUCAGGCAGGUCUCGCACGUUGGGCAACAGUGCUAACCGGCUGUACAACACCCUGCGGGAGCAGCACUCCGACUCCUGGAUGCGGAGAGCGGUCCACUACCUUGGCGUCUGCGAGCAGUUCCUGGCCUUGGGCAGCGUGAGGGGGCAGUUUCCUCCACCUCCACCUAUGCCCCCUCUGCCGUCACCCGUCUGGCUGCUGACGGUGUACGGCUACGACGUCCUCACGCGGCUGGACGAGUACAAGGCCAGGAUCACGUCCACCUUCGGGUCCAUCCUGAAGAUGGACUCCACCAAGAAGGUGACGAAGAAGCUCGCAGGAGCCGCCUCUGACUCGGCCGCCUGGGCCACCAACGUCGGCAAUGAGCAUGGUCAGGUCCUCAUGAGCGUCCUUACCUGCUCUGAGGGUGCUGAGGGCCUGUCCAGGAUGGCGACCGGGCUCAUGAGGCGGUAUCGACUCGCCAAGGUUCCUCCCCCCCAGCUCAUCUACGUGGACCGGGACUGCUGCAGUUGAGACGGCGUGUCCAAGACAGCUGCCUUGA